CAGGUCUGAGCCGGACCUCCCGGGGCAGGAGCUUCCAUCUUUCGCCGCUUUGUGAGACGACGCGAGAGAGGGUGAGGACCGGGAGCGAGAACAUCGAGCGGCGCCUCGACACUGUGAGAGGUUUGCCAUCCAUCUCCGACAAGCGAUGGCGUCUCUCAACCUCAGCGCGGCCCUGAACGUCAGCAACUCCACCUCGUGUCCGGAGGGUGAGUUCUGGGGCUGGCUCUACACCUUCCUGCCCGCCUACAUCAUGGUGGUGUGCGUGUCCGGCCUGCUGGGCAACAUCUUUGUGUUGCUGGUGCUCUGCCUGCACAAGAACCGCUGCACGGUGCCCGAGAUCUACCUGGUCAACCUGGCGGGUGCCGACCUCCUCCUGCUCACCUGCCUCCCCUUCUGGGCGCUCAACAUCGCCCAGCGCUUCGCCUGGCCCUUUGGAGAGCUGCUGUGCCGCUGCGUCAACCUGGCCAUCUACAUGAACCUGUGGAGCAGCAUCUACUUCCUGGUGAUGGUCAGCGUGGACCGCUACCUGGCCCUGGUCAAGGUCCUCAACCCCGGCCGCAUCCGCACCCGUUCCUGUGCCAAAAUCAACUGUUGCCUCAUCUGGGUCUUCAGCCUGGUGAUGAGCAGCCCUGCCUUCAUGUUCCGCCGGGUGGUCCAUGUGCCCCAGCUCAACAUCUCCGCCUGCCUCCUCAAGUAUCCCGGCCCGACCUGGCAGCGCAUCUCGGAGAUCGUCUUCCUGGUGGCCGUCUUCCUCAUCCCCGUCCUGGCCCUCACCUUCUUCACCACCAGGAUCCUGGGCGCGCUGAGGAACGACCGGAUGCAGGUCUUCAAGCAGGUCCGCAAGGAGAGCAGGGCGGCCACUCUCAUCCUGGUGGUGCUCCUGGCCUUCCUGAUCUGCUGGGUCCCCUUCCAGGUCUUCCGAGUCCUAAACCUCUUCUACGAGGCCGAGAUGCUGAGGGGAUGCGGGUGGGCGAACGCUCUGGCCAACGGCAACAUGGUGGCCACCUUCCUGGGCUGCACCAACAGCUGCAUCAACCCCGUGCUCUAUGUCAUGGUGGGCCGGCAGUUCCGCAACAAAGCCAGGGAGCUCUACUCCCAGUUCGUCGCCAGGCGCCAGUCACAACCCACCCUCAGGGACUCCUCCGUGACCCACAACACCCCCAUCUCCACGCUGGAGAGAAGAUCGCCGCUGCACAUAACACAACGGUGAAAGGCAUGGAUAGAGUGGAUGUGGAGAGGAUGUUUCCACUGGUGGGAGAGAGAGUGUAGGACCAGAGGUCACAAGAGCCUCAGAAUUAAAGGGCGCUCUUUUAGAAAGGAGCCGAGGGGGAACUUCUUCAGGCAGAGGGUGGUGAAUGUGUAGAAAUCAUUGUAGAUCAAACAGUAUUGCUGAAGGUAACCAGUCCCAUAUCUCUGCAGGCGUCAUAGCCUAAAAGUGG